GAAGAAGAAGAAGAAGCCACAUGGCUCUUAGAAUCAAUGUCUUUCUUCUUCUACUACUUUUCCUCUCACUUCUCCUCAUUCCCUUAUCUUCAGGCAUUGUUAAUGAAGGGUUCAAGGAGGAUGGCAUAGACCCCAUUCACUUACUUCACAAGGAUGAAAUCGUAAUGAAUUCGAGGAAGCUUUGGAUGCUUGAUGCAACAAUGCAGGAUUAUGAUGAUACAGGAGCCAAUCAAAAACACGACCCUUACCCUAGAAGGAAACCUGGCAAUGGAAGGAACCCAUGACUGCCUUAAUAAAGUGGCCUUAAAACUCUUAAUUAACUAAUUAAUAACACUACUAUUUUCUCUCGCCCGCCGCGCCCUCUCUUACCGAGGUUUUUAUCGAUCAUCUGUAAGGAGACAUAUAUAAGAUAUAGCUAGCCAU